CGUGCGCGUGUGUGUAUGAGCAUGUGUGUAUCCGUGCAUGUAAUAUCCACGACACAAUAAUACACACUUACAGGCAAGCUACCUACACAAUAUACCAUUAUUCACAUUGUGGACUCGAGUAAAGAAAGUAAUUAGGUAACCAAUUCAGACGAAUUGAAUUAGCAUCGCUAAGAAACUUCGCUGCGCCAGUGCUCAGAUACAUAUAUGUACACACGGUCGGGAAGAAAGAAAAAUAAAGAGAAAGGUAACAAAAAAAGAGUAAAAGUCACUAACCCUGUGCGCAGCGUCUUCGGUUGCAGAAGAGGCGAAUAUCAGUAUGUAUAGCAGUAGCCGUAGCCGCAAGACAAUUUAUAUCUAAUCUUCUAGUUUAUCUACAAUAUAUAAUAGGGUAAAGACGAGCACAGAGAUACGGAAGUGUUCUUUCUAUAAGACACGUAAAGCGUGUGAGCAAGACGCCGUCUUAUUUGGACGUUAGAGAAGGAAGGGGUUAUGGUCGAUAACUCGCGUCUCUCAAACGAACGACAAAAUGAACCUUCUUGCUGCAUCGCAACCAAAUCGAGUCUCUUAUCUCGCGGUUAAUUAAAUUGAAUAGCUAGUGAAUAUAAUUACCUUAACGCGAGUGACAAGACAAUCGAUCAAAGUUUGCGUGUAGUGAGAAAUAUAGAUCUAUAUAUAUAUAAAGAUAUAUAUAUAUAUAGGUUGAUAUGUCAGAAACGCUGGAGGAGCGUAAUCUCAGACUAUUUUUACAAGCCGAGAGAAUGAAAAAUUCUCGCGCUAAAGAAUCGGAUGAACAAGCUGCGCUCAGGAGGAUGCAAGAAGCUCAAAGGAUGGCUAGACACAGGGCGAAGAAGAAAAGGUGCCUCAAUGAGAAUCUUGCUAGGGAGAUUUCUAAAAUUGCUGAACUCUCCAAAAUGCCUGAUGCUGCUACCAUUGCUGAGAUGUCUGAACUCAACAUGAAUAAAAUCUCUGCCGAGCUCAAGCAGAUGAUGGAGAGAGGUAAGGUGCCAGAGCAUAUUGUUCAAAUGGCACAGUUAGCUGAGUUUAGCAAGAUGAGCGAGUUGAAUAAGAUGUCACAGGAUAUGGCCAAAAGAUACGAGAUGGAGAAGAUGGCUGAAUACGCCAAGAAUACGGAAUAUAUGAAGAUUCAAAUGCAGAUGCAGUCCGAGCUUGCUAAGAUGAAUGAAAUGGUCAAGCUGUCAGAGAUGGCAAAAUACAAUGAUAUUUCCAAGAUGAAUGAGAUAGCCAAAAUGAAUGAAAUGAUGAAAAUGACUCAGAUGGCUAAAAUGAAUGAGAUGGCAAAACUCAAUGAAGUCCAAAGAAUGAAUGAGAUAGCUAAGUUGAAUGAGAUGGUGAAAAUGACGGAAAUGGCAAAAUACAAUGAUAUUACAAAACUUAAUGAAAUCGCUCAGAUUAAUGAGAUGGCAAAGGAGAUCGCAAAAAUGAAUGAAAAGACUAAGAUGAAUGAAAUAAUUAAAAUUGCCAACAUGCAGAACGACAUCACCAAGAUGCCAGAGUACUCCAAAAUGGCUGAAAUGGCUAAACUUAACGAGCUGGCUAAGCUUAAUGAAAUAACCAUAACGAAACUAAAUGAUCCUCCACAGCAAGCACCUCCACCACCUCCUCCCCCACAGCAAAAGGUGCAGGAAAUUCCUAGGAUUCCUGAACCUGUGAUCACUGUGCCAAAUCCCAGGAAUCUACAAAAUGUUCAGACUGUACAGGUGGCACAAGCAAGUCCAUCAAACACAAUAAACUUCCCAUCUGUCCCAGGUCAGGGAAAGUACACUCAACUUUUGGUAAUAAUCGAGGAGUUAGGUCGAGAUAUUCGUUUAUCUUAUGCUGGAAGUCGCAGUGCUGCAGAACGCCUCAAGAUGGGAAUUCAACAUGCUCGAAUAUUGGUACGCGAAUGUCUGUUAGAAACGGAGCACAAUGCAAGGCAAUGAUCUGUUGCUGUUUUAUUUUUUUGCCUUGACAAAAGCAUUUUCGUAAUCUUUCGGAAGGAAGCCUUAGCCUCCGCAAAGCGCGUUGUUGCUUUGGUCGUAUAUUUUUGAUAUGACACAAAAAACCGUAUAAACACACGAACCGGAAUAUCUUUAUUUGUUUUUGUUCGUUGAAAGACACGAUGAUCACUUUGCGGACGCGACAAAUCUCAAAAGACUGCUACGUUAGCUUUCUCUCUGACGCAAUAUUUGUGUGUCACAAUAUUAAUCUCUCAUAUUUUAAGUUUUACCGUAUAUAAUGACCUAUAGCUUAUAGCGUUAUCCUUUGUCGUUAGGUUUAAUGGUGAAAUAUACAAUAUAAUAACAUUUAUUUCUACUAUAUCUAUGUUUAUUGGGUAAGACAGAUUGCGAGAGUUGGCGAAAUCGAAAAACACUGAAAAACAUGUACAACAUUCAUGGGAUAGGAAAUGUGUAGGGUGUAACAGUAAAAUAAAAUCAAUUUUGUAUCAA